AUGGUGAACAUUACGGAAAAGAUCAAGGAGAUCGAGGAUGAGAUGCGGAGGACGCAGAAGAACAAGGCGACUGAAUAUCAUCUUGGUCUUCUCAAGGGCAAACUCGCGCGACUCCGAGCACAGCUUCUCGAGCCCGCCCCGGGAGCCGGCAGCGGAGGCGGCGCCGGCUUCGACGUGAGCAAGAGCGGCGACGCGCGCAUAGCACUAGUGGGCUUCCCGUCGGUGGGCAAGUCGACGUUCCUCUCGAAAGUCACCAAGACGCGAUCCGAGGUAGCAUCAUACUCCUUCACGACGCUGACGGCAAUUCCGGGUGUGCUCGAGUAUGGCGGCGCCGAGAUCCAGCUGCUGGAUCUGCCCGGUAUCAUCGAGGGCGCCGCGGAGGGCAAGGGUAGAGGUCGGCAGGUCAUCUCGGCGGCCAAGACGAGCGAUCUCAUCCUCAUGGUCCUGGAUGCGACGAAGCGGGCGGAGCAGCGCGCGCUGCUGGAGGCCGAGCUGGAGGCUGUUGGUAUACGGUUGAAUCGGGAACCACCGAACAUCUACCUGAAAGCCAAGAAAGCCGGCGGCGUAAAGAUAACCUUCUCGGCGCCGCCGAAGCGGCUCGACGAGAAGAUGGUGUUUAACAUCCUGCGGGACUACAAGCUCCUAAACUGCGAAGUCCUAGUGCGCGACGACGAGGCGACGGUGGACGACCUGAUAGACGUCAUCAUGCGCGACCACCGCAAGUACAUCAAGUGCCUGUACGUGUACAACAAGAUCGACAGCGUGUCACUCGACUUCCUCGACAGGCUGGCGCGCGAGCCGCAGACUGUCGUCAUGAGCUGCGAGCUCGACCUCGGCAUCCGCGACGUCGUCGACCGCUGCUGGGCCGAGCUGCGCCUCAUCCGCGUCUACACCAAGCGCAAGGGCUCCGACCCGGACUUCUCCGAGGCCCUCAUCGUGCGCAGCAACAGCACCGUCGAGGACGUCUGCGACCGCAUCCACCGCACGCUGAAGGACACGUACAAGUACGCCCUUGUGUGGGGCGCGAGCGCGAGGCAUGUGCCGCAGCGCGUGGGGUUGAGCCAUCUGGUUGCUGAUGAGGAUGUGGUCUACAUAGUCAGUGGGUACAAGGCGUAG